AUGGUUACCAUUCUUAGCGCACCCAAUUACUCUUACUAUUGUGGGAACCAGGCUGCUAUCAUUGAAUUAGAUGACACUUUAAAAUACCGUGUUCUUUGGUUUACCCAGCACCUUGUUGAGGACAGCCUCAUGUUAACAGGUGCACUCCAGACUACUUUUUGUAAAGUCCUUCUGAGAAACCCUUUCUUUAAUCUGGUGUCAUUUGAUGAUGUGGCUAUGGACUUCAGCUGGGAAGAGUGGCAGGACCUGGACAUUGCUCAAAGGACCCUGUAUAAGGAUGUAAUGCUGGAGACCUAUAGCAACCUAGUAUCCUUGGAUGUCCAAGAAAUGGAAGAUGUGACUAAGACAUACCAGGAAAGUCCAGAUAAAUGUCCAUGUGAAGUAUCGGCUACCAAGAGCAAUGCAGUAGAGGAAAGAGGGAAAUUAAUAAGAACCUUUCAUUUGAGCUCAAAACAUAUGCCAAAACAGAUUAGGUAUAAUGAGAACUUAAGGAUGAGGAGUGAGGAGUUCAUUGGCUGUCAGAACAUGCUUCUCUGUAGUGAGUCUGAUGAGAUGCAUGCUUCCUAUAGGCCUAAUGUCUCUCAUGUAGUUGAACAAUACCUCGGCUGUUUGGAGCAUUAUGAGAGUCCAAAUGACAAGCAGUAUUUUGAAUAUGGUAGAGAAGGAAAGGUAUUAAACUCCGAGAGCAAAUUCUUUAGGCACAAUUGCCUAAAGAGAGAGAUCUUCUAUAGCAAUAAUGAAUAUAGAGAUAAGUCUGCCUUCAUCGGGCAAAAAAUGCUUCAGGGAGGUUGGCAAAUAUCUGAAUGUACUAAAUGUGAGAAAACAGUCUACUUCAGAUCAACAGUCACUACACAUCAGGAAAUGCACACAUGUGAGAAUCCUUGUACAUGUAGUGAAUGUGAGAAAUCUUUCAGUAAGGAAAUACACCUUACAAAAUCUCAGAGCAGAUAUGUAGAGGAGAAGUCUGAUGAGUAUAACAAAUGUGCAAAAUCUGUCUGUCAGAAGUUAGACCUGUCUUUCCGACCUCAAAUUCACAAAGGAGAGAACCCCUGUGAAUAUGAUGAAUGUAGGAAAUCUUUCACUGAGAAAUCGGUGCUCAGCAAGCAUCAGAGUACUCACAUAGGCAAGCAACUUUAUGAAUGUAACAAAUGUGGAAAGUUUUGUACCCGGAAAGCAAGCCUUACUGUUCAUCAGAGUACUCACGUAGGCAAGCAGCUUUAUGAAUGUAAUAAAUGUGAAAAGUCCUUCACUAAUUCAUCAACUUUCAGGAGGCAUAAGAAAAUUCACACAGGUGAGAAGCCUUAUGAAUGUAACAAAUGUGGAAAGUCCUUCACUCGUAAUUCAUCACUCAUCACACAUGAGAGAAUUCACACAGGAGAGAAACCUUAUGAAUGUCACCGAUGUGCAAAGUCUUUCACCCGGAAGGCAAGCCUUACUAUUCAUCAGAGAACACAUACAGGAGAGAAACCUUAUGAAUGUAACAAAUGUGGAAAGUCUUUCACUCGGAAGGCAGACCUUACUGUUCAUCAGAGAACGCACACAGGUGAGAAACCUUAUGAAUGUAACACUUGUGGAAAGUCCUUCACUCAGCAAUCAGCUCUUCUCAGACAUAAGAGAAUUCACACAGGUGAGAAACCUUACGAAUGUGACAAAUGUGGGAAAUCUUUCAAGCAGAAGUCAUACCUCAGCAGCCAUACGAGAAUUCACAUGGGUGAGAAACCUUAUGAAUGUAACAAAUGUGGAAAGUCUUUCACCUGGAAGACACAGCUCAGUUUGCAUCAGAGAAUCCACAUAGGUGAGAAAUGUUAUGUAAGCAAUGUGAAAUGUCUUUCAAGCAGAAGUCACACCUCAGUGUGCAUCAGAGAACACACACGGGAGAGAAGCAUUGGGAAUGUAACAAAUGUGGAAUCUUUGACCCAGAAGGCAUAUAUCAGUUUGCAUCAUAGCGUAUACAAAAGCGAGAAACCUUAUAAGUGUAACAAAUGUGGAAAGUGUUUCACCCAGAAGGCAUGGCUCAGUAUUCAUCAUAUAAUACACGUAGGAGAAAAGCCUUAUUUAUGUAACAGAUGUGGAAAAUUCCACAUUCCCAAAGAAGAAAUGUUGAUUGAAACAUCAAGGCAGGUGCAGCAAAAUGCAAACAUCAUGAAGGAAUUGGAAAUUAUAUAA